AUGGCUUCGCUUACUACUUGGCUUUGGGGCACCUCACAGCUCGAUGAUGCUGUCGACAAGGCGACGUCUGAACUGCUUCCCGCUGGCUCAGAGGACAUUGCCCUCAAUCUCGAAAUAUGUGACCAGAUACGCUCAAAGUCGAUCCCAGCCAAAGAUGCAAUGCGUGCUCUCAAGCGUAGAUUGGGCAACAAGAAUCCCAAUGUCCAGCUACUUGCACUUGGACUGACAGACGUAUGCGUCAAGAAUGGGGGUGAUUUAUUUUUGAGUGAAGUUGCAUCCAGAGAGUUUAUGGACAACUUGGUCUCGAUUCUCAAGAUGCCAGCUUUAAACUUGGAUGUCAGGAACGCGAUCCUACGCCAUGUGCAGAACUGGAGUGUGGCAUUUGAGGGGAAGCCGAGCUUGGGCUAUGUAGGUCAGGUCUAUAAGAUACUCGGACAAGAAGGCUAUAAGUUCCCACCGAAAGACCUCGCGGUUGCCAAUUCUGCUAUGGUCGACACCCAAACAGCCCCAGAAUGGAUUGACUCGGACGUAUGCCUGCGCUGUCGAACUGCUUUCUCGUUUACAAACCGGAAACAUCACUGUCGUAACUGUGGGCAAGUAUUUGAUCAGGCGUGUUCAUCCAAGACAAUGCCCCUUCCUCACUUCGGUAUCACCCAAGAAGUCCGCGUCUGCGAUGGUUGCUACGCGAAGCUCACGAAGAAGGCCGAAAGAAGUGACAAGGGGCACAAACAUUCAUCCAAUAGUAAACACCAACAUCGUAGCGUGAAAGAUCUAGCAGAUGCAGAGCUUCAGCGCGCGAUUGAGCUGUCCUUGCAGGAGACCAACAUGGGUCGUUCUGGUUAUACGCCUUCCCAGCCGCCUCUGUCGGCUUACUCGGAACCGCCUAUUUUUGAACGGUCUACUCAACCUGCCGCCGUGGCUGAGGACGAAGAUGAUCCUGACUUACGAGCGGCCAUCGAAGCAAGCCUUCGCGAAGCCAGCGCGCCGAAGCCCAGCGCGCCGGUUGCAGUGGAGACCCCCCGCGCGGAGCAGUCAUCUUAUGAAUUACCAACGGGAUAUGGAUCUGGGUACACACAACAGCAAGCGCCUUACUCCGUGGAUAGUGCCCCAGCACACCCCGCUCUCCCCGCGCACCCAAAGAUCCCCAACUACGACCUUGAACCGUUGGAGGAAGACGCUAUCUUGACGUUCAGCCAGACAGUUGAACAGGUUCAGACACAUGGCGGAAGGGAUAUGUCAAGAUACCCGGCCGUUACCGAGUUAUAUGAGAAGGCCACCGGAUUGAGACCAAAGCUUGCGAUGAGCUUAGACGACGCGAGUAGGAAAGAAGAAAUGCUAACUGAAAUGCAUGAAAAGCUAUCCGAAGCGGUGAAACUCUACGAUCAGCUUUUGACGCAGCAAAUAUCCCACCCACGCUGGCGCUCUCCUCAACCAGCACAAGUCCCUCCAUAUCAGCCUCCCACCGCUACCCCUGGUGCACCUGUAAACGGCUACAAUCAGUGGUCCCCUGCCUCGACUUCGUAUCAACCACCAGAAACAUCCACUGCACAACGGUCGCCCCAACUAUCGCAUUAUCAACCUCAAUAUGCUUCUGUCUCUCCACCAUCGACGUCCUCGCAGCGUCAGCGUCAGUGGCAACCAACACGGGCGGUUGAGCAGCCAUACUCCGUAGCUUCACCUUCUUCGCCUCAGAUUCAGCAAUCGCAGGCAACAAUGACGGUUCAACCCACCCAACUCACUGGACCCUCAUCAACCCUUCCUGUAUCCUACCUACCGCAGUCACCUCCUCCGAUUGCCCCUCCGGCAUCAUAUCAACAAACUAUGUCCCAGGCUCAACAGACAUUCGCCCCACCAUUGCCACCAGCAUCUUCGCCAUUCGUUACGCCACAGCAACAGCUCCAGGAUACUUCAUUGGUUGGUUCACCCCCUUCACUCACACGGCAUAAUACCGCCAGCUACACGCCCACUCCUCCCGUCCAGCAACAGCAACGUCCAUCGAUGCCUCACACUUUGAGCAGAAGCAACACAUUACAGCCUGCCCAACAGCGCCCGCAGCAACAACGUCCACAGCAUACUCCGCAACAGCAACAAUCAUACGUACCGCAGCAACCUUAUACUCCGCAACAGCAACAACCUCAGCAGAUGCCGAUACAGCAAGACUCUGGCCCGCAGCUUUCACAAUUUCCGGUGGCGCCGACGUCGGGGCCCACUGCCUACUCAUUGUAUGGGACGUCGAUUCCGAGCGGCGUCGCCCAGAUUGAGGAGAGGAAAGAGGCGUUGCUUAUUGAUUUAUAG